CCCUCACCAGUGAACACGUGUUGCAAUGUUUUGAUUCGAAAAACGAUUACUUAUCACAAGAAUUAUUCAGAUAUUAGGCAUCAACAAAUCAUGACAGAGAAAAGCAAAAAAAGUAAAAAGAAAAGAAAAUUUGAAGAUGAAGAAAAAAUUUCGAAUAAAGCACAGAAGUCGAAAAAUAAAAGUUCUAAUAAUGGCACCAUAAACAAUGAAUCUGAAAGCGAAUUCGAGGGAAUUAAAAAAAGGAAAAACAAGGAAAAGAAUAAAAAAGAUUUGCAUGGAAUACCAGAUGAAGAACAUUCAAUACAUGAUGUAAAAAAGAAACACAAAAAACAUAAAAAAAAUAAAACAAAAAUUGAAUUGGAAACCAGUGAUGUGGACAUAACUGUGAAAAAGAAAUCAUUCGAAAAUGAAAAACUUACUUCCGUGAAACACAAAAAACAUAAAAAUAAAACAAAAAUUGACUUGGAAACCAGUGAUAUAGUGACUGUGAAAAAGAAGAAAAUAAAAGAAAUAGAAAAUGAAGAACUUACUAACAUGCUCGAUGCAAACGAUAUCCCAAAGUGUAAGAAAAAGAAGCGAAAACAUUUUAGCGGGGAAGUUCAUUCUGCCGAAGAAACUCUUUCCUCGUCGAAAAAACUGAAAAAAUCUAAAGGUUCUAUAGACAGAGAACAAAAUGGAAAAGCCAAAAACAAUACAGGAAAAAUUAAUUGUUCAGGUGAUGAUGAAGACAAAAUAAGCACCAAAAAAAUAAAAAAUAAAAAUAAAUCUGAUGAGAAAAAUGAAAGUGAUAAACAAUUAAAUUCUGGAGAAUCUAAAAAGAAAAAAAAGAAAGAGAGAUCACCGCCAUCAUCAGAAGAAGAGGAUAAGUCAGAAAUAGAAAUCACAAAAACGGAAAAGAGGAAAAAGAAAAAAUGUAAAAAGUCUAAAAUUAAAGAGGAUAUUGUAGCUGUUAAGACUCAGACAGAAAAUGAAUCGAAAAAAUCUAAAAAUAUACAAGAACCUGUGAAAUUAGGACAAUGGAGUUCCGUUUCCUUUGAUGAUCAAAAACGGCAGGACAAAUUUCAGCGUCUUUUGGGUGGGUUUAAAAAAGAUUCUGGUAAACCUAAAAGUGGAUUGUAUGGAGGCUUAACGUCACGUGUCAGUGGAAAUAACGCGUUAGAUAAGGCGGGACAGGAUGAACUUAAUAAAAAUUUACAAGCGCAGUAUGAUAGUGCGCUGUCUAUAAAACUGGGAGCAACAAAAGGUCUUGGUUUGGGUUUCCAGCCUCUUCCUGGAUCGGGUAAAAAGUUUUAUAUUGAUACAGGAAAAUCUUCCUCUUUAAAAUUUGAUGAUUGAGUUUAAAAAUUAUAAAACAAUGAAAUUUAUCAAAAUUAUAAAAUUGUUUUUUCUUUAUUUUUGUAAACAUGAAGAAGUAAACAAAAGGUGGUAGCAGUACUGAUAUUCCGGUCAGGAAAUGAAAUGAAAAGGUGUUUAAUGUCCUACAGUUCUGCCCCAACCAGGCUAUUAUGGAGACGGAACAUAUGCAGUGUGCUAUGAAGGAAAUUUUGCCUAGAUAGCGGCGCUACAGGUUUCUCCUAUUUUCAAAUUUGAACUGUCUUAUGUGUACACCAUCUUGCACACAAGACCUCUGGUUAUUGUCCCAUCCAGAUGACUAGACAAGUGUUUCUUGGUAGUAUUUGUAUUUAGGCCUGGCAAUGAAAUAAUGUUUAAUUAAGGUUAUGCACCGACUGGGCUAAUGAAGACCCGUAUAUACAACAUAAUAUAGAGUAGUGUGCUAUGAGGGCUGUGAUACGGGCUACUCUUAUAUCCAAUUCCAAAUGUAUGUGGUUUCCCUUUGUCAGUGAUGCAGGACGGAGGGCCUGACAAGGACAGCUGUCUAGUCGUUUAGAUGGGACAAAAAACCGAGGUCGCUUGUACAUAUUGGCGUGCGCGUAAAAGAUUACUUGGUAGUUGGAAUGCGAUAUAAGAAUAGGACGUAGCGCCGCGCCGCUGUCCGAGCAAAAUUUCCCUCAUAGCACAGUUUAGGGGCAGAACAGUAGGACAUUAAACCCCAUUUUAUUUCAUUUCAUUUCCAAAUGUAUGUUAACCCUCUUAUUUCAAAUAAAAAUGAAAAUCGGACAA